CACCUGACCAGCAAAGGUUGCCAGUUCACACAGUGUCGGGGGCCGAGCAGAGAACAGGGAUGAUCUACCUGGUUCUCAUACUGGGCACGCUGCACUGUGCAGCCCAAGAUCGGAGACCCCCAGUGAUAAGGCUGAAUUCCCAGGUGCUGCAGGUACCCGAGGUGGUCGUGGCCCCUGGGACUAGACUCGUGAUGAGCUGCGACGGAGAUGGCAGUACACACUGGGUUACGUCGGCUGCAUGUCCGAGGAACCAACGAAGGAGUUUGAUUGAAAUAUCAAGGGCAACAGUGAAAUGCACUGGCACAUAUAUGUGUGUGUUCGACAGUCGCAAAGAUUUCUUCACUUCUGUCCACGUUUAUGUGAAUGACCCAAACAACCUUUUUGUGCCGAUGAGAGGGACUGUGAGGCUGGAUAAGAAAGAAGGUGAAAACUGUCUCUUGGAGUGUCUGCUCACAGACCCCAGUGCCACCGACCUCUCCCUCCUCAUGAAGAACGGCACCUCACCACCUCCAGGGAUGAACUACACCGCAGACCCCAGGAAGGGAGUCCUGAUCCGAAACCUGCAGCCCAGCUACAGCGCAGACUAUGUCUGUAGUGCACAGAUCGGUGGUGUUGAGAAGAGAUCCCAACCAUUCUCCGUUGAGGUCUCACAGAAUAUUCAUGUGCCACCCGUUGUGUCCCUGGAGACACGUGAGCAUGUGCGCGCUGCUGGUGAACAGCUAAAACUUGCGUGUGCGGCACGUAAUCCGAACAUCCGUUUCACUGUCAAAUGGAAACACCAGUCCAACAACAAUGUGACAACCGAGCAAAAGAUCAGCCGGGACAACAACGGUGUGACAAUUCAUAAUACUUUGACGAUUCCUGCAGUGAAAGUAUCUGACACAGGGAACUUUACCUGCCAAUCGAUAAACGAGGCGGGGAAUACAAAUUCCACCACAUUUCUUCGAGUUGUAGAGCGGUAUUAUGUAAGACUUUCACCUCAGCUGCCAUCAACGCUGAUUCGAAAUGGCACCACUGUUACGGCAAAGGAGGAAGAAGAUGUGGAGCUCAAAGUCCUGGUGGACGCAUACCCUCAAAUUCAACAGAGUGGUUGGACCACCCCAGUGUCUCACAACAUCUCUAUGCAAGAGUCUUUCCUCCAGGACUAUAACAAGUAUGAAGCUGGUCUGCUGCUGCGUAGGAUAAAGGUGAAGGAGCGAGGCCAGUACACCUUCUACGCCAGCAACAGUCAUGUCAUCUCUUCCGUCACCUUUUCAAUUUCCAUCUAUAAAAAGCCAUCCACAGUUUUAAGAAAGGAGAAUUCCACCACCUUUACCUGCACUUCCUCAGGGUAUCCAGCACCCACAGUUUGCUGGUACCAGUGUUCUGGCAUCAGAACCACGUGCAGGGAGAACGAUACCGAGCCGCUCUCCGCACAGGUGGAAGAGACAUCCGAGGAGGGGGAGGAGGGAUCGGUGACGGUGAAAAGCGUGCUCACUUUAGAGCACACAAAUCAUGCGGUGACAGUGGAAUGUGUGGCCCUUAACCUUGUUGGAGAAGCCCAUGACACAGUCGUCUCUGAAGCCUCCUACUGGUCUGCUAUGUUCAUCCCUAUACUCAUUGGGAUUGCCAGCCUUGCCAGUCUUCUACUUCUGCUCCUGAUAAUCACGUUGUACAAGUACAAGCAGAAACCCAGAUAUGAAAUCAGGUGGAAGAUCAUUGAGACCAGUGAUGGGACAAGCUUUAUUGAUCCUACACAACUUCCGUAUAACAAAAAUCUGGAGUUCCCCAGGGACAAACUGAAACUAGGUAAAGUCCUGGGUGCAGGGGCAUUUGGAAAGGUGGUGGAGGCCACUGCCUACGGCCUGGGGAAGGAGGGCAAUGCCAUGCGUGUUGCAGUUAAAAUGCUUAAACCAACAGCCCGGGUUGAUGAGAAGGAGGCCUUGAUGUCAGAGCUGAAGAUUCUUAGCCACUUGGGGCACCAUGAGAACAUUGUCAACCUGCUGGGGGCAUGUACUCAUGGAGGCCCAGUGCUGAUGAUCACAGAGUACUGUUGCCAUGGCGACCUCCAGAACUUCCUUCGCAAUAAGGCAGAGACCAUUCUGAACCUUGUCAUGAGCAUGCAGGACAUCCAAAAGAGUGACUACAAAAACGUGUACACAAAGAGGAUUUCGGUCAUAAGAAGUGACAGUGGAGUCUCCUCCUCCUACUCCAACAUCUCCCAAGAGGUGAUGUCGACAAGGUCCUUUCAAGGUUCUUCCUGUGAGGAGGCGGAGGUGGACAGCUGGCCCCUCGACAUUGAUGACUUGCUGAGAUUCUCCUACCAGGUGGCUCAAGGGCUGGAAUUCCUUGCAUCAAAAAAUUGCAUCCAUAGAGACGUGGCUGCAAGGAAUGUCCUCCUGGCUGACUGCCGAGUGGCCAAGAUCUGCGACUUUGGACUCGCUCGAGACAUAAUGAAUGAUUCCAAUUAUGUUGUGAAAGGAAAUGCUCGUUUGCCAGUGAAAUGGAUGGCACCGGAGAGCAUCUUUGACUGUGUGUAUACCGUGCAGAGUGACGUGUGGUCCUAUGGGGUCCUUCUCUGGGAGAUCUUCUCGCUAGGUAAGAACCCUUACCCUGGAAUUCCAGUGGACACCACCUUCUAUGAGAUGAUCAGGGAUGGGUACCAGAUGUCUCCUCCAGAAUUCGCCCCACAGGAAAUAUACACGAUUAUAAAAAUGUGCUGGGACCUGGAACCAACCCGUCGGCCGACUUUCCAAUACAUUGUCCAGUUGAUGAAGAGCUUUUUGAAUGACCACUCUGUGCAGAUAUAUCAGAAUGAGCCUCGCGUGGUACUGGACCAGGACUCUGGUUCCUGUGACGCUCCAACGGGUCGUGACAGACCAUCGGAUCUGACGCGCAACCAGGAAGAAGGUCCACUUCUCACGAAGUCCAACAACUACCAGUUCUGCUGAGCAGUCUUCCUGGCCAACACCUGGAUUUGGACAUUCAUCACUAGGCAAUGAAGUUCUCAGUGGUCCUCCAGAAAAUUCAUCCAACAAAGCAGCUCUUGAUGUUGGCACGUCUGAAUGAAACCCGCGGUGGAAAGAAAAUUUUCCACAUUGAGAAAUAAUCAGAUUCCGGAGGCUGUUGUCUGUAAUUGGCAUUGCCUCGUUAUAAUCCUGCCAACAAACUUUUAUUAUAUCUCUUCCUAUUGCAUGUCAACAGAUAUCUUUACCAUCACCGCAGUCUAAGAGGAAGUCAUUGUAUUGGUUUCACAAGCUGGGAAGUGAAAUUCCAAGGUGAACAAUUCCAACACAAACAAUAGCUGGUUUACUAAAAACAAUGUAGUUUUCAGCACCUUCACAAUAUCAUUAAAAAGUAUAUACUCAUAAUUUCAGGAUAAAUAACUAGAAAUAACAUAUAUAGUCAGGUAUUUCCACGUUCCGUAACAUUAUUGGACAUUAGCAGUCUUUUCUUCUCUGGAAUAGAAAGAAGAACAAGGAAUUCAAUAGAAAAAUUUCCCGAUUAUUUCAAAAACAAGAUGUUACUGGAGCUAUUUAUAAUUUAUUCACAUAAAACAGCAUCAUCUUUUGCAUACUCUCAUCUCUGAAAGUUUCCAUUAAGAAGAAAUUACAAUGUACUGGAAUUUACCUAACCAUGUAAUAUGCUUCCUGGACUCAGAUAAUUGGGGUAUGAACUGUUACUGUAGACAUUCAACACAUUAGCAAUUUAACUGUUUCUACAGUAAACAUUUUUUGAAAAAUAUUGCUGUGCUCUUAUUACACAUGCUGGUUAUUUUGCAGUUUUUUGUUAUUGUGUAUUGAAUGCAGUACAAUCGGACGGUAAUUUGUUUUUAUCAUUACAGUGUAAUUUCACUCUAUGUAGCACAUACUAUAUAAAGGGUAUAAAACAUAAGUAAAUGUAUCUUAGAUGGCAGGUUUUGAAGUAAUUUGAAAAUUAAGGGAAAGUUCAAUGUUUUUAAAUAUUAUUGCUCUUUAUAACCUUUUUAUGCUGCUUUUACAAAAUAAGCCCACUUUUUGUAAGACCUGCUUUGAGAUGGUCCUGCCCAUAUUAUAAUAGUUCUCAGUAUUUUUUUCUUUACAUUUUUUAUUUCCAUUUCAUUUAUUUUAUUCGUUUCUUUACAUUUCACUCUUUUAAAGAAAGUUCCCGCAAACACGGUCCUGUCUCUCAUCACGUGUUGCUCAACAUGUAGCAUUUAGUCGUUUUUGUGGUUUCUUGGUCGGUGGUAAAUGUGGUCGAUAUCACUGUAAACUCAGUUCUAUUCAGACUCACUGUAGAAAUGGAACUGAAAACUUGUCAUUGCCAUUUGUCGCUCGCAUCUUUACUCAAAAUAUUGUUUCAAAGGGAAACUGCGAAUAUGUUUA